AAGGCCAGGGCGACGAUCUCCAGAUGGGAUGAGACUAUGAGAGUUCAGAGCGAUGGUAACCGAGCCCGAGAAGAUUCCAGGACUAUGAGUUAGUAAAUUACGCCAUCUUAGGUAAGUUAGGUUGCUUACUCGAUAGAGUAAGACUAGUAGCAGUCCAAUGUCGGGAGGGGGUUUCGGUAUGAUAUCAUGGUUCAGGGCGGGGCACUGUCGCCAAACCACAGCCGAAUCAUUCUUCUCUCCGCUCCCAGUCUCGAGCUCUAGGGCUCUAUCUGUGCGACCGACUCAGUUUGUAAGGUGUAUAUAGUGAACACAGCUGGUUAUUCACGAUGGCUACGAAACUCGCGAUCACGGACUUGUUACCCCUCCCCAACUCGCCGGUGAAAAUCCCCCGCCUCGGCUUUGGUGUCUAUCGCUCGCCCACGAGCCAAUGCGUGCAGUCUACCCUCAAUGCCUUGAAGGCAGGAUAUCGGCAUGUUGAUACCGCUCAAUUCUACGCAAAUGAGAAGGAGGUUGGCGACGCCAUCCGCUCCUCGGGCAUUCCACGCAGCGACCUCUUUGUAACCACCAAGAUCCUUGUCCCGGGCGGCUCCCCUGAGGCGACUUAUGAUAAGCUGUUAGCCAGCGUUGAGAAGAUAGGGGGUCAGGAUGGGUAUGUCGAUUUGUUCCUGAUCCAUAGCGCCAAUUCAGGCGCGUCUGGUCGGAAGGAAAUGUGGCAGGCCCUGGAAAGACUCCUGGAGGAAGGGAAAACAAAGAGCAUCGGUGUCAGUAAUUGGGGAGUGAAGCAUAUCGAGGAGAUGAAGUCAUAUGCGAAGGUUUGGCCGCCGCAUGUGAAUCAGAUUGAGCUUCAUCCCUGGUCUCAACAGCGGGUUAUCUGUGCGUAUUGUAAGAAGCAUGGUAUUGUCAUUGAGGCUUAUUCCCCGAUCGUGCGCAACUAUAAAGCCAGCGAUCCUACGCUUGUCGACCUGGCGAAGAAGUAUGGAAAGACAACCCAACAGGUCUUGGUACGCUACGCACUGCAGAAGGGAUGGGUACCACUGCCCAAGUCCGAUAACCCCGAGCGGAUUGUGGCCAAUGCCAAUGUAUUUGACUUUGAAAUCAGCGAGGAGGACAUGGCUGUGCUAAAUGCUUUGGAUCAGGGAAGUGCUGGAGCCAUUGUAGAGGCCGUUGAAAACGAAUAGAUCAAUGCAACCAUGUAUGAUGAAUAAUGUUGCACUCAGAUCAUAGGUCAGGUGUUAGAUAAUUUUAACUUAUUAAUAAUCUGGUCGUUCCAUAAGAAACGCAUUGACAGAUUGAAGUG